CUGAAGUGCAAGGAGGUAUGGAGUCUCAACGGACUGGUGAAGCACCUUUUUGGCAAGCAGCUGUUGAAGGAUAAGUCAGUCCGCUGUGGUAACUGGGAGGAGUUUCCCCUCAACGAGGAGCAAAAAUUGUACGCAGCCACAGAUGCCUAUGCUGGCUUCAUCAUUUAUCAAAAACUAAUCAAUAUGAAUACCAAUGACCAGAAAUUACUUGGUGUAAGAAGAGAUGAGAUGUCAGAGAGUAUGAAGGAGCACUUGACUUCACUAAUUGGAGAGAUAAAGAACUUGGCUUCUCUCGUUCCUGACUGUCCUGAACAACAUGAAAGUUUGCAGAGGACUGCAGAAAUCCUAUCUGAUUUAUCAGAGAAAGUAAACACCUUAAGAAGCACGUUGCUUGCUUUAGGUUUCACUUCUGUACCAGAGAGGAACCGUAGUGCAACUCAGACAAAUCUUGCAGCAGGGUCAUCAAACAAUGAGGCACAAAAAAUGGAUGUGUCAGAAUUUACUAAACAACCUCAAGGUGACUUCAACAUCUGCUCUGAUGCUACGCUAGCCGGCCUUUGGGAAGAAGAUACUAAGGAAGAAGCAGAGAGAGGUAACGCUGCCAUGGAAGAUGGGGCUGCAGCAGCCAGCUCUAAGGACGGAACAGACAGCAGCGACUUCAUGUCACUAGGCAUUACUGAGCAAGAACUGCAGAUGUUGGAACGUCAGGCUGCAAAGGAAUUAGUUGAGAAAGCUGCACCUGAGGAAGCACGCUCCACAGAAAACAAACAGAAUGGUGCCUGUGUCAUUGAGAGUGAUGAAGAGCUGGAAAUGGAGAUGCUUAAGUCUUUAGAAGAUUUAGAUGAUUCCAAAGGAGUUGUAAUGGAAACAGAAGCCAAUAACACCAGGAAAACUCCUGACUCAGAGUUGAACAUUAUACCUGAUGGUGAUGAAGAUGAGGGCAUUGAGGAAGAAGAGGAGGAGUGUUUGGAUCCACUGCUGCCAGUACCUAGUGAAAGCCACAUCACAUGUCUGAAGACUUAUUUUGGGCAUUCUUCUUUUAAACCGGUCCAGUGGAAGGUGAUCAAUUCUGUUUUAGAAGAUAGAAGAGAUAAUCUUGUUGUCAUGGCAACUGGCUAUGGAAAAAGCUUGUGCUAUCAGUUUCCUCCUGUUUACACUGGAUGUAGAGCAAUUGUUAUCUCUCCUCUUAUCUCCUUGAUGGAGGACCAGGUGCUGCAGCUGACAAUGUCAGGGAUUCCGGCUUGCAUGCUUGGUUCAGCUCGGUCGGAAAACGUCAAAGAAUGCAUCAAAGGAGGUGAAUACAGAGUCCUAUACAUGACUCCAGAGUUUUGUUCUGGGAACUUAAAUUUGCUUCAGGAGCUGAACAAAUCCAGUGGUAUUACCCUCAUAGCUGUUGAUGAAGCUCACUGUAUUUCCGAGUGGGGCUGUGACUUCAGAAAUGCCUUUAGAAGAUUAGAUGUGUUAAAGAAGGCUCUGCCGUCGGUUCCCAUUGUUGCUUUAACUGCAACAGCAAGUCCGUCAAUUAGACAAGACAUAGUGCAGUGUCUGAACCUGGAGAAUCCACAGAUCACCUGUACUAGUUUCGACAGACCUAACCUGUACCUGGAGGUUGCACGACAAAGUGGAAAUAUCCGUGGGGAUUUGAAGCAGUUCCUUACUAGGAAAGGAAGCAGUUCUGCAUAUGAGUUUGAAGGUCCCACUAUUAUCUACUGCCCUUCGAGGAAGGCCACCGAACGGGUUAUGUCUGAAUUGAUUCAACUCAACGUGGCCUGUGGUACGUACCAUGCUGGUAUGGGGAUCAAAGAAAGGAGAGACACCCAUCAGAAGUUCGUGAGGGAUGAAAUUCAGUGUGUCGUGGCUACGGUGGCAUUUGGCAUGGGCAUCAACAAAGCAGAUAUCCGGAUGGUUAUUCAUUACGGCGCCCCUAAGGAAAUGGAGUCAUACUACCAAGAAAUUGGGCGAGCUGGUCGCGAUGGGCUUCCUGCUGCUUGUCAUGUUUUCUGGACUGCAGCAGACUUGGUCUUAAACAGGCAUCUUCUGAGUAAGAUACAGAAUGAGAAGUUCCGGUUGUACAAACUCAAAAUGUUGGCAAAAGUAGAGAAGUACCUUGUGUCAUCUAGCUGCAGGAGGAAAAUCAUCCUGUCUCAUUUUGAAGACAAACAACUCCGAAAGGCUUCCUCUGGUAUCAUGGGCACAGAACAAUGCUGUGAUAAUUGCAGGUCCAGACGCUCAUGUCUGGAAGUUUCCAGUGACUCAGAAGGGGGUUUGCAGGACUUUGGUAAGCCAGCGUGUCAGCUGCUGUCUGCAGUGAAGGCCCUGCAGGAGAAGUUUGGAACUAGACUUCCCAUUCUUUUUCUACGAGGGUCUACUUCUCAACGCUUACCAGAGAGAUACAGAACACACCCUCUCUUUGGUACUGGCAAAGACUGGCCGGAGAACUGGUGGAAAUCGCUCUGCAGACAGCUGAUAAUGGAAGGGUUCCUCAAAGAAGCCACGGAGCGAAACAGAUUUACAACCAUGUGUGUCCUUACGCCAAAGGGUAGAAGCUGGCUGUCAAAAGCUCAAGGUACCUCAAGUCCUAGUCUUCUGUUACAUUCCAGCGAAGAUCUCUAUCUCGAGAGACCUCCUAAAAGCAGUAGACCUUCACGUGCGUUCACCACACAGCGCUCCCCAGACGCUAAAGGAACAGCGCAGUCACCAGUCAAGCAGAUGACUCUAUAUGAUAUGUUGUCACCAGAAAGAAAAGGUAAAACACCUCCAAGAAGGAGUAACGUGCAUGACAGUCUUGCAGGACACUCAUCCACAAAGUCUUCUCCUUUGAAGCCUCAAGAGCCUGUUGUUUCUUCCCGAGAAAAAGAACUAGAGACUGCUCUCUAUGGCAAGUUGCUGGCUUCUAGACAGAAGGUGGCUAAUGAGAAGUCAGUUCCUCCAGCUGUCUUGGCAACCAAUAAGGUCCUGGUGGAGAUGGCCCGAAAAAGGCCUACCACUGUUGAGAAUGUGAGGAGAAUUGAUGGUGUACCUGAAGCAAAAUCGGCCAUGUUGAUCCCUCUCCUGGCUGAAAUUAAGGACUUCUGCAAAGAGAAUGGUUUGCAGACUGACACAUUCCUCACGUCGGGAACUGAAGAUCACAAAGAAGCAUCUCCCUGGAAGCCUACUCGAGCCCUUUCUCCCUCAGAGCCUGUCACAUACGUCCUGUUCCAAGAUAAAAAUCUCUCUGUGAGCACUAUAAGUGAGAGCAGAUCUCUGCCUCUUUCAGAGGUUGGCACUCACCUCUUAGAGGCGAUGAAAGCUGGCUACCCUGUCAACCUGGAGCGAGCAGGUUUGACUCCUCAAGUUCAACAGAUCAUUGCUGAUGUUAUCUGUAAUCCUCCCAUUGACUCGGACACCACUAAAAUUCAAGCAAUUAGAAAACUUGUUCCUGCAAACAUUGAAUUGUAUCUCAUCAAGAUGACUAUUGCGUUAUUGGAGAAAAAUAGAAAGAAGUCACAGGAUGGAUCAGGUGCCAAAAGGAUGUUGGUGUGGUCAGAUGGGCAGCAGGAAAAACGAGGAGCAGAUCAACCAAGCAGGGAAGAUGCCUUGUGGAAUAGAAGAGAGGGUGAUUUGAUCAAACCAACAUGGAAAGAAGGAGCAGAGAAAACCCAUCUGCAAGUGGUGCCUUCAGCUUUGCCCGCAGAGGGUGCAGAUGACAACCAGCCAGGUAGCAGAGGAGCAGCAGGUUGCCCGAAGCUCAGCACACCGAUUCAUCGGCGUGCCCCAAGUCCCCAGGAGGAGGAACUGUCUUCUGACUCUGAGCCAAAGAGGUUACUCCCUAGUAAGAGGAAAGUGCCAGAGUGGUUUGAAACCUCGGUGAGGACAGUUCUACCACCAACCCAGGCGAAGAAAUCCAAAGCAGACGCCAGAAAAGGGAUUUUCAGCUGA